UCCAAAAGUUUUGGAAAAUGGGAGGGAAGACUUCUGGACUGACUUUACUUUGGGGAGAAGUCAUUUAAUCUCCACUAUUACAUACAAAUCCAUGCCCUGUUUUCUUCAAUUGAAGUGAAGCAAUCUGAGCAAUUCACAACAAUUUCUCUUAAAAUGAAAAAUUUCACAGUCCUGUUGUUAAUGUCAGUUGUAGCGCUGUUGAUCGAUCCUUCUCACCAGCUUAGUCGGCAUCGAAAUCUCUCAGAAAUUGUGGAGAAAAGGAGGUCUUCUGUGGAAAGGAAGCCAAAGGAAUGGACGCCUCCUUCCAUUAGCACUCAAAAUUCAUCGGCCCUAAAUCACUUGUACGCUCAAGAAGGUCUGCAGGAGAAUGACAAGAUAAUUUCUCUUCCCGGCCAACCAAAAGAUGUAACUUUUGCACAGUAUUCAGGGUAUGUCACGGUGGAUUCAAAGGCGGGCAGAGCUCUGUUCUACUAUUUUGCAGAGGCUUCCCAAAACCCUAAUACUAAGCCUCUCCUCCUCUGGCUCAAUGGAGGGCCUGGAUGCUCAUCGUUUGGAGUGGGGGCAAUGACGGAGCUUGGACCUUUUCGAGUUCAGCCUGAUGGAGCCACCCUUUCCAGUAAUCCCUAUGCCUGGAACCAAGUGGCGAACACCUUGUUUUUGGAAUCACCUGCGGGGGUUGGAUUUUCAUACUCAAAUACCACCUCUGAUUAUGAGAACGCCAAUGAUGACAACACUGCUCGGGAUUCAUACACUUUUCUACUGAAUUGGUUUGAAAGGUUUCCGCAAUAUAAGAACAGAGAAUUUUAUAUCGCAGGGGAAAGCUACGCUGGGUUUUAUGUACCUGAAUUGGCCGACACCAUUCUUAAGAAUAACAACUCUCGUACAUCUUUCAUAAAUCUCAAAGGAGUUAUGAUUGGGAAUGGAAUAAUAAAUGGCGAGACAGAUCAUUGUGGGAGGAUUGACUAUGUAUGGUCACAUGCAUUAAUGUCAGAUGAAGACUAUGCAAAUGAGCGUUGUAGUGCAUCUAAUUCAACUUAUCAAACAGAUAUUCACACAUUUCACGCUCAAUUACAAUCAUAUAUGGGAGAGAUAAACCCAUAUAAUAUAUAUGCACUGCUUUGUCCUUCUCAUCCUAAUCCUAUAUGGAGAUCUUCAAUUUCGACUGAUGCUACCCUUGCAAAUGGAUUAGAUGGAUAUGAUCCAUGUACCCCUGGUUAUGUGCUUACCUACCUUAACACACCUAAAGUGCAAAGUGCUCUUCAUGCAAACGUGACAAGUUUGCCUUAUGUGUGGACAGAAUGCAGUAAUGUACUUUCAUAUAACAGCUUAGACGUGACAACCAUGUUACCAGUAUAUCAAAGAUUGAUUGCAGCAAGAUUGAGAAUACUAGUCUACAGUGGAGAUGUGGAUGCAACGGUGCCAGUGACUAGUACAAGAUAUUCUAUCAAUGCAUUAAAUCUUCCAAUUGAGAAAGCAUGGUAUCCAUGGAUGGAUGGAAAUAUUGAUGUAGGGGGUUAUAGUGUAAUUUACAAAGGAUUAAUAUUUGCAACUGUAAGAGGAGCAGGACAUCAAGUGCCUAGUGAUCAACCAUCUAGAGCCUUGACCAUGACCAAAUACUUUUUGGCUGGCAAGCCACUACCAUCAUAGCAAACCCACAUUUGGACAUGCAUAUUAACAUUCAAAAUAUUUUAUAACUACUUAUGAUCACUAAAUUCUAUUAAAGAUAGAUGUUUUUACCAAUA